UCAACCUCCACUGCAGAAUUAGUGCAGCCUUGACAUCAAUGGAAACGUGUAAAAACUGAAUAGAAUGGACAGAAUAGAAGGACAAAUAGAGGAGAGAGGGUACUGGGGCAGUAAAACAGAGUAUCUUCUGGCUGUGGCAGGGAAUGUGAUUGGACUGGGUAACGUGUGGAGGUUUCCUUACCUCUGUUACAAGUAUGGAGGAGGGGCAUUCCUGAUACCCUACCUGGUGUUUGUGGUUACCUGUGGGGUUCCUCUGUUCCUGCUAGAAACAGCUAUGGGACAGUACACACAGGAAGGGGGCAUUACUUGUUGGCAUCGGCUCUGUCCAUUAGCUGAGGGUAUUGGCUAUGGAGGACAACUGAUUCUUUUGUACAGCUGCAUGUAUUACAUCGUCAUUUUGGCCUGGGCGCUUUUCUACCUCAUCUUCUCUUUCAGCUCCCAACUGCCAUGGGCCAGCUGUGACAACACCUGGAACACAGAUGACUGUGUAAAUCUUGCUGCAAAGAAUUUGACCCUCAACCAAACAACGCUGAUUAAUUCAACACCUGCUGCUACUGAGUUCUGGGAACGCAGAGUUCUGUCUCUCUCUGGAGGUAUUGAGGAGAUCGGUAAGAUCAACUGGGAGAUUCUUCUGUGUCUCAUUGCAAUGUGGGUCAUUUGUUAUUUCUGCAUCUGGAAAGGAGUCAAAUCUACAGGCAAGGCGGUGUAUUUCACAGCUACAUUUCCUUAUGUGAUGCUGCUUGUGUUGCUGAUUCGUGGGUUGACUCUUCCUGGAGCUCUGCAGGGGGUUGUGUUUUACCUGUACCCUGAACCAGCCCGUCUCUUUGACCCGCAGGUUUGGUUGGAGGCCGGGGCACAGAUCUUAUUUUCCUACAGUGUGUCUGUUGGCACUCUCACUGUUUUAUCCAGCUACAAUAAAUACAACAACAACUGCUACAGGGACAGCUUGUGGCUUUGCAUCCUGAACAGUUGCACAAGUUUGGUGGCUGGCUUUGCUGUGUUCUCAGUCUUGGGCUUCAUGGCCCAAGAGCAGGGCAUCCCCAUUGCAGAGGUGGCAGAAUCAGGGCCAGGACUAGCAUUCAUAGCUUAUCCACAGGCUGUAGCUAUGAUGCCUCUUCCUCAGUUGUGGGCUGCUUGUUUCUUCAUCAUGAUUAUUUUGCUGGGGCUAGAUACACAGUUUGUUUCAAUGGAAGCCGUCACAACGUCAGUGAUUGACCUCUUCCCCAUGAUUCUGCGCAGAGAAGGACGGCGAGAAAUCUUCAUACUGCUCUUCUGUCUCAUUUGCUUCUUGGGCCAAUUCAUCAUGGUUACAGAGGGGGGGAUGUAUGUAUUCCAGUUGUUUGACUACUAUGCCUGCAAUGGAGCCUGUGUACUGUUCCUGUCUGUGUUUGAGACUCUGGCCAUGGGUUGGAUUUUUGGGGCUGAGAGAAUGUUUGACAUCAUUGAGGACAUGACGAACUCACGGCCCAACUACAUAUUCAUGCUGUGCUGGAAAUACCUGACUCCUCUCGUAUCUGUGGUGUCUUUUUUCUGUUCUAUGGUAGAGUACACGCCCCUCACCUUUAACCGCUGGUAUGUGUACCCAGACUGGGCGUAUGUGCUAGGCUGGUUACUGGCCCUGUCCUCCAUCAUACUGGUGCCUGGAUGGGCGCUGGGUCAACUGUUUGCCGGGAAAGGGAGUCUGAAACAGGUCAGGCAUUUUACAAGAUAAACAAGGCAAGAAACAGUGAAUGCUAAUCUGCACACCUAACCAAGAGAUUAUGUCUAGUCCACUUUCAAGUUUUAAUACUACCUCACUGUUGUUUUCCUGUGUUUGACAGCGUUGGCGUCACCUGUGUAGUCCUGAUCCAGAGCUUCCUCUCACCUCCAAACAAAGAGCUGAAAUGAAGGAAACCACUUUCACUGCAGAGAUGGAAGAUUUAGUUAGGGCAAACAUAAAUGAAGAUGAAAAUGGACACUAAUGUAUUUUGUAGUCAAUAUUUUGUCAAUAGUCAUGAAGGAUACUAACAAGCUGUAGAAAUAAGGCCCAAAUUUAAUUCCUUCAUCUCGGCAUACAAAUAGUAACCCUAUUUGCUCAACAGAGCAU